AUGGUUUCAGUGGCAAUAAUCGGAGCAGGCCCAGCGGGACUUGUUGCUGCCAAAACCCUCUUACACUCGUCUUCAGAAGGGCCUGCCCCAACGGUCACAGUAUUUGAGCAGGGCACAAAUGUCGGCGGUCUCUGGGCUGUGGAAUCAAACUGCAACGGGAUCAUAAAUCCUGGAAUGAAUACUAAUCUUUCCAAAUUCACGGUCUGUUUCUCGGACCUAGCUUGGGACAGCCUCGAGUUGCAGCCGCCUGCCAAUAUUUAUCCUCAAGCAUGGCAAGUCAAUCGAUACUUGAAUACUUACGCGGCGAAAUACAUUCCAGCCGGUGUUAUCUUUCUUCAAACCUAUGUUAAGGUUGUUGAAUACUUACAGACCCCAUUUGACCAAGAGAAAAGAUGGAAAAUCACAACCAUCACACGCGCUGGUGAUAAUUGGACAGAAAGAGAGGAUAUUUUUGAUUAUCUGAUCAUUGCAUCAGGAUUCUUCUCCAAAGCCAGGCAAAAACCGUUUUCAUGCCACAGUACAACCACAGAAAAUGAUGAUUGCCUACCUACCAUUUUGCACAGUUCCCAGUAUCGUCAGCUUUCAGACUUAUCACUCACAAAUCAACCUCCAACGAUGGGUAAAAUUCUAGUCAUCGGUGGCUCCCAUUCGGGCGGUGAAGUAGCUUCUUUGAUAGCGAUGCAGAUGUCCGACGCUCGGCAUUCACCUGUUGGCUCUGGGGCGCAACCACUGGACAUCAUUCAUGCCAUGCCGCACCCACUUGUUUCCAUACCUUCGUUUGUUCGGACCGGGAAUGAGAAUUGUCCAACCUUUAUGCAACUGGAUUCGCGUUUAUAUGACCUAUCUUCGCGACCAGACGAUCCAAUCUCUUUCAAUUUUGGAUUUACAAAUGCAGAAAAGAGGAAGAAGCUGAAAGAUACGCUUGCGAUGCUUAUGUCCGGGACAGCACAUGCACAAGACGAUAACUUGGUGGUCCAAGCUGAUAGAGAUAAAUUUGGAGCACCGUAUGCUGUUGUCGGUGACAAAUAUGUGGAAUUUGUCAGAUCAGGUGCUAUUAAGCAGGUACUUGGCCGCAUUACUCAGGUAGAACAGCCAUUACUCGCAAGACUCCCCAAGUAA